AUGAAGCCCAGACGCUGCUGCAACGCCUGCCGGCGCCGUCACCGCAAAUGCGUCGUCCAGCCCGGCGCCAAGGGAUGCGGCGCCUGCGUCGAGGCCGAGCUCGACUGUCGCUUUGACACGGCCUUGAGGUUCAAGCACGCGCCGGGGAGCGCGAAGAAGGUUGCAGGGGAUGGAGUCCAGAAGACGGGCCAGAAAGCGAGACGCCAGAGCGAGAUAAGCCGCGGGGAUGACGCCGCCGCCUUCACCGAAGCUUCAUCAUCACCGGUCACCCAGCCUGUCCCCGGCGAGAGGGCCGCCAGCUUCACCUCUCAGGCUUCCCCGCUUGGAUCUGUCCCAUACGAGGGUCAAAUCACCCUGGACUUCGCCCCGCCGGCCUCGCGCGGCGUUCGGGCCGAGGCGCCCGGCCAGCGGUUCUCGGGCCAAGGAUCCCACGGAGACAGCAGCGCGCCGAUCGGGUUCGUGUUGAACAGAGGCCCACCGCCGGCGUCGACGGCAAACCAGCACCGGGCCAGCUUCACGUCGAGUUCCGACUUUCUGGAUCCCACGCGUGAUGCCCUCCUCUCUGAAAGCGGUCAGUGGAGCGCCGCGGAGGUGCAGCCUCAGCUCCAGAUAUCCUAUCUCCUCGGCGACUCCCCCUCGACGCAGCCUGGACCGCCAUAUCAACCGGAGCGGGCCGGUGGUUAUCUUGCCCCGGAUGCAGACCACCAGGACCAACCGACGGACCCUGAACAUUGCGGCUUCACCGGACGGCAGGCCUUUCUCUUCCGGACUUAUAUCAUGAGGAUAGCGCCAUCCAUCGAUGCCUGUCACGACGCCCGGCCAUUCACCCUCGACGUCCCCCGUCUCGCCCUCCACAAGCCCAUCCUGCUCAACGGCAUCUUCGCCCUCGCGAGCCGCUUCGACACGCAAAGCACCGACGACGACGACGACGACAACGACAAGAACGGCAACAACAACGGCGACGUCGCAGCCGACCGAGGGUCCGACCUGGAGAGCACCUACUACCACAACCGGUGCAUCGAGCUGGUGAUCGAGGCCUUCUCGCAGCCGCCCGAGACGUGGGACUCGAUCCUCCUGACGGCCGUCGUCAUCAUGCGGCUGUACGAGGAGUACGACAAUGAGACGGACUCGCACUACCACCACCUCCGCGGCACGCGGAACCUGCUGAGCCACAACGCCGUCGCCCGCUUCGUCACGCAGGGCGGGCUGGCCGAGGCCGCGAGCUGGGUGCACCUCCGUCAGGCCCUGUACGUUUACUUGGUGCGCCGGACGCCCAUCGAGAUCUGCCUCGAGAACUUUGAGAGGUCGUCCACGUUCCGCCGCAACGACGACACGGCGCACGCGAACCGCGUCGUCUACCUGUUCGCCAAGGUGCUGAAGCUGUUCUUCCCGGACGGCGGGGCGGGAUUGCCGCCGCCGGCGGGCGGCGAGGAGGCGGCGGCGGCCUGGAAGGACCUGCGGGGCGACGUCGAGGCGUGGUACCGGGAGAAGCCCGUCUCGUUCCGGCCGCUGUUCUACGAAAAGGCGGACGUUGCCGGGGGCAAGCCGUUCCCGACGCUUUGGAUGACGGCCGACCCAGCCACCGUCGGUCUCGGGUAUUAUUACGCAGCAAAAGCAAUCUUUUCCUUCCAAGAGUACAACAGCUCGAACCCGACGGCGGGGUUCGAGGGGACAAAGAAGCGGAUGGACAGCGAGCGCGAGAUCACGUUCUAUCUCUGUAUCCUAAUGGGCCUGGCCCUGUCGAACGAAGCGGUCAACGCGUACUAUCUGCCGGCGCAUAUGCUAUCUCUAUGCGGGCAUCUCAUCAGACAUCCGCUCGAGCGGGAGCACACCAUUAAAUACUUGGCCCAGGUGAGGACCAUUGUGCAGUGGAAGACGGGGGCGCUGGUCAGGACGUUGAGGGAGCAGUGGGCGGAGCUUGACAGCUUCUCGUCGAGGUAG